CGCUCUCUCCCUCUCUCUCUCUCUUUGCCCCCCCGCCUCUCUUUCUGCAUAUAAGUUUCUUGGAUAAAACUCAAGUUUUCAACCUCUUACGAGGAAGCCGGUUGCUGCACUUCUUGGAGUUCUUUUUUUUUCAUUUUAACGUCUCGUAUAUGUCUAAAACAAACCGUGACUUUUUCUCUCGUCGUAUAUUUGAUAUUUUUCUUUUGAUAGUCAUUUUUGUUUGUCAUCUCAACAAGGCUGUCUUCGUGAUUAAAAUGAUCUGUGCUAAGGUGUGCGUUUAGAUGUCCCCUCCAGGUAAAUUCGGGAUUGAAGCCUCUCUGAUCUCUGGAGCUGUUGCACAUUUAAAAAGGAAAGGAGUUGCAUCACCGCCGAAAAUCCCUCACAAGACAACGCUGUACAACUUGUUACUUGUUUAUGCGCGGAUGUUCGCUGUUUAAAUCUGCUGUCGAUGUGGAUGGGAAUCAGCAGUUGCUAUACCUAUGUGCUUAUGAGAACUCAUAUAUUUCGAUGAAUGUGCCUCCGCACCGCUGCAACGAUCUAUUCUCUCUUCUCACGCAUAAGAAAGGAAGCCUCCGAUGUUGGACACCCUGGUACAGUUUUACUUUGCUAAUUUAACAUUCUGCUGGGAUUCAAGGAAACCGCCUGGAUAUUUAUUGUGAAACAAAAACGAAAACAAGCCAAAAAAGCUAGAGUGGUGAUUUUGGUGAACCUCCUGAUUUCCUCAGAGGUCUUUCAUUUUUGCUCUGGAAACAGGUGGAUUUCGGCUGGCAAAAGAUGCGUCUUUUUCCUUCAAGAUUCAUUUACUUGUGUUUACAUUUGCUGGUUUUCUACUUUCAAGUUCAGGAAUCCCAGCAGACAGCUGCAGACUUCCGGGUUUAUGUUGAGAAUCAUACCCGAAACCCAGAUGAUCUGAGCCGAAAGCAAAUUAGAAUUUAUCAACUGUAUAGCAGGACAACAGGAAGACAUGUACAGAUCCUUGGAAAGAAAAUCAACGCAAAUGGAGACGAUGGGGGCAAGUAUGCUCUUCUUAUAGUAGAAACAGAAUCUUUUGGAAGUCGCAUUCGUAUUAAAGGAAAUGAAACUGGUUACUACAUCUGCAUGAACAAGCGAGGAAAAAUUAUUGGGAAGUUAAAUGGGAGAAGCCAAGAGUGUGUUUUUGUCGAAGAGGUUUUAGAGAACAACUACACAGCACUGGUCUCAGCCAAAUAUAAAGGAUGGUAUCUGGGAUUCACACGAAAAGGACGACCUAAAAAGGGGUCAAAAACGCAGCAGAACCAGCAGGAAGUCCAUUUUAUGAAAAGACAUCCAAAGGGCAAAGUAGACCCACUUACGCAAUUUCGCUAUACCACAGUAACCAAACGGACACGUAGAGCACGACGCUUGAAAGUCAGCUCCAACUAAAACACAAAAGGAAACUUGGGUUUCAGAUUUUAAAGAACACUCCAAAUUGUCACUAUAAAUAUCAUUAAGGACCAUAAAAGAUGUUUUAUUUUUAUACUUAAGAAAGGGGGAAUCACUCCAGAUUGCUGGAUUUCUGUGGGGAUUUUCUUUUUUUUUAUCUAAUUUAUGUUGAAUGGAACAAAAUGUGUCGUUACCUUUUAACUACUUUUACAAUUAUGGCGAAGGACAGAUCCUUUUGAGAUCCUUCAAGAAAACUACAAGCUCACAAUCUUAAUGGGAAUUUAAUCAGUCAAUGGAAAAAAACGCAAUAAUGGAAAGACAAGUCUCUUUCUGUCAACUGUGUUGGAUAUCACAGAGUCUUUACACAAUAGAUGCGGUCGUCUAUAAUUUUGACAUUAGCUAGUUCCCUAGCUAUAAGUGCAAUACUUUAUCCAGGGCCUGUUUACAGAAGAGGUUACCUUGGAAACUUCUUUUGGGUCUCUAAGCUCAGUUUUAUAUGGUGCCAUGUUCAUUAUUGAUAGAUUUUGUAUGGGAAUCCUUUGAGGCUUUGUAUCAAUGGUGAACUGAAUCCAUUUACCUCUCACAAAUCCUUUGACGCCUUUCUUCUAAUGCUGUAAUAGAUGAUAGUUAAAAUGACAACUGUAUUGCUGAAAAGAACCAAAUAGGCAGGUAUUCUACGACGUAUGCUUCUCACUUUGUGCCCGGAAAAAUUACUGUUUCCAUUUAGUGCACGAUAUCUGUGAUAAAAAGUUUUGUUUCCUCAUGAUGGCCAUUUAGGGCAACUUUGUUCUGCAAUAUGCCAUCUUGUUAAUUGUUAAUAUUUUUUUAAUAUAGGCAAUUAUUUGGUACUUUGAAUGCAUAUUUUUUUUUAAAUUAUUGAAUUGUACCGCUGCAUUGACAGGUUCUGAAUACUACCUGCCUGAAUUGUGAAAUUAAAAUGGUUACUUUAAUACUGCAGAACAGCAGGCAAACCAGCAUGCAAAUUUAACAGGAAAAUUAAACAACAGCACCAAAUAGGCAAACCUUGCCUGCCAUCAAUACAUAAAAAAAUGAGCCCUGGAAAUUAAAAAUACACAUUUUCAAAAUAACAGAAUUUAUUUCUAACCAAAGUAAUAAUAAAACUACAACAAAACAAAUAUAACUGGCCAAAAACUUAUAUUACUAAACCUAAGUCUAUAUACCCCUACCAUCUGGGCCACAGACUGGACAUUCAUUAGAAUUUGAUCAGUUCUUCAGGAGUAGCAAGGUGAUAAUCAGAACUUAAAUUUGCAAACUUGUUCAAACCACUAAAAUUAAGAACGGCAGUAGGAGACUUAAAAAAAGGAGUAAUAGUGUGAAUGUAUGUGUAGCCAAAUGAUCCUGAGCCUUUUGCCUUGUGAUUAAGUAAAGAACAGAAAAUUACAGAGGACAAAAGCACAGCAAGCCACUAUUAGCAUGCCUGAUAUUGUAUCAGAAGCACAACCUCCGUCUAGCAUACCAAGAACUGCUUUGCUUUGAAUAUGUUAUUUUAGAUCUGAGAUGUUACAUCAUUGAUUGAGCAGCAAUCUUUACAACCAUUACUAAACAAUUUAAUCAUUUUCAUCCAAUUAGGUGUUUACCUAAAGAAUGUGAAGAUGAAGUAUCAGUAGAGCUCUUAGAUCAAUUGUUUUGGAAAAUGUUAACUCUGCACAAAAGCGUACCUUCAGACAGAUGUUAAAAACCACAGAGAAAGCUGCUAGUGGGUAAUUGAGCUUUGAGAGCCCAAAGAAGGCUGGUUUUUCAGAGCGGCUAAUGAUAACACAUUUCUGUCCUGAUAUUGGUGGUAUUUUGAACUCACCUGCUGAGGGACUCUGUUCAUUGUGUAUGAAAUGCUACUAACAACGUGACACAUUUAUGACUUUAUGUGUAUGCAAAAAAUAAUUUUAUGACUAUUAUAAAAUAUUUAUUACCUUUCUUUGUAAAUACAACAUGAUGAAUUUAUUUGACCUCUUUUAA